AUGGCUAGAGGGGAGAGAGCAGAGACGGAAAGUGGUGCGUCGUUACCCUCGGUUGGUACAGAUGCGAAGAAGCGGAGAGUGACGUAUUUCUACGAACCGUGCAUCGGGGAUUACUACUACGGUCAAGGCCACCCAAUGAAGCCGCACCGCAUUCGCAUGGCCCACAACCUCAUCGUCCACUACGGUCUCCACCGUCGCAUGCAGGUCAACCGCCCCUUUCCCGCAGCUGAGGCCGACAUCGGCCGCUUCCACUCCGAUGACUACGUGGAGUUUCUGUCCUCCGUCUCGCCGCAAAUCCUAUCCGAUAACUCUCACUCCCACUACCGCCAGCUUAAGCGCUUCAACGUCGGCGAAGACUGCCCUGUCUUCGAUGGUCUCUUCGACUUCUGCAGCGCAUCCGCCGGCGGUUCUAUCGGUGCCUCCGUUAGCCUCAAUCGUGGGGAUGCCGACAUCGCCAUCAACUGGGCCGGCGGCCUGCACCACGCCAAGAAGGCAGAAGCCUCCGGCUUCUGCUACGUCAACGACAUUGUUCUCGGCAUUCUCGAACUUCUCAAAGUUCAUAGGCGUGUGCUGUAUGUUGAUAUUGAUGUUCACCAUGGAGAUGGGGUCGAGGAGGCAUUUUACACUACUGAUAGGGUGAUGACAGUGUCAUUUCACAAGUUUGGGGAAUUUUUCCCAGGAACUGGGCACAUUAAAGACAUUGGAGUGGGUGCUGGAAAGAAUUAUUCUCUAAAUGUCCCCCUCAAUGAUGGAUUGGAUGAUGAGACUUUCCGUGGUCUGUUUCGCCCCAUCAUUCAAAAAGUUAUGGAUGUUUAUCAACCGGAUGCAGUUGUUCUUCAGUGUGGAGCUGACUCCUUGUCUGGUGACCGGUUGGGUUGCUUCAACUUGACUGUGAAGGGUCAUGCAGAUUGUCUUCGUUUCCUUAGAUCAUUCAAUGUUCCUUUAAUGGUAUUGGGUGGGGGAGGAUAUACAGUUCGGAAUGUUGCUCGUUGUUGGUGUUACGAGACUGCGGUGGCAGUCGGAGUGGAGCCUAAUCCUAAGUUGCCUUACAAUGAAUAUUUUGAAUAUUUUGGCCCAGACUAUACUCUGCAUCCCGAGCCAUCCAACAUGGAAAAUCUAAACACACCCAGGGAUCUGGAAAAAAUUCGGAGUGCAUUACUAGAACAACUUUCCAGGCUUCCCCAUGCGCCCAGUGCACCUUUUCAAACAACACCAUCAAUCAUACAAGUUCCUGAAGAGGAAGAGGAGCACAUGGAUAUAAGAGCAAAACCUCGCAUAUGGAGUGGUGAAGAUUUUGAUUCUGAUAAUGAUGAUGACAUGGCUAGUUCAAAGAACUCUGUUUUAACUGCCCAAACGAGGCGUGUUGCAGAUGUCAUGGACGAAGAUUAA